AUAGCUUGACCCAAGCGGCCGGGUGUAUUCGAAACGAUACAAGCGUAGCCAUGAAGACUUUAGUUUUCGCGUUGUUCUUACUGGGAUCUGCUCUACAAUUUUGUAAGGCGGAAACUCCCCAGAGGGUAGCUUGUACCACGCCAAACUGCCCAUCUAAUUGCAGGAUCGAUACAAAUGCCCAGCCUUGUCCGGCCUGCCUGUGUGAUGAUGAUCAUGCAACUAGAAGUAAACGCUCCUCCAUGAAUAUUGCGUGCACCAUGCCCAAAUGCGACCAGCCCGGAUGCAGCAUGGAUUACUCGGCUCUCCCUUGUCCCAGUUGCGAGUGCAGUAAUGACAGGACCAAGAGGCAAAUAGCAUGUUCCAUGCCCGUAUGUGACGAGCCCGGAUGCAGCAUGGAUUAUACGACUCUCCCUUGUCCCAGUUGCCAAUGUAGCAAUGACACCACCAAGAGGCAAGUCGCGUGCUCCAUGCCCAAAUGCGACGAGCCCGGAUGCAGCAUAGAUCACUCGACUCUUCCUUGUCCUUCUUGUAAAUGUAAUAAAGAGAAUGCUAGACGACGUAGAAGCCCUCAAUAUGAUAGAAGCCCUCAGUGUUCUACCCCUAGAUGCCAAUCAAGAUGCACCGUCGAUUAUUCAGCCUAUCCUUGCCCAAUCUGCAGGUGCAAUACAGAUAUAAAUGGCAAUCCCUAUGCAAUUCAGUGCUCUACACCUAACUGCCCUCGAGGAUGCAUGAUAGAUUAUAACGACAAACCUUGUCCAACUUGCAAAUGCGGUGGUAGAAAUAACGGUUAUCCUUACGGAAUCCAAUGUUCCCCACCCAACUGUCCCAGAGGAUGCACGGUAGAUUACAACUCGUCUCCUUGCCCUAGCUGUAAAUGCAAUAAUGGAAGGGAUAACAGCCCGUAUACAGUUGCAUGCUCGACUCCCCUAUGUGGAGCUGGAUGUACAGUAGAUUACUCUACAAAACCAUGCCCCAGCUGCAAGUGUAAUAAUGGGCAACGUGUCAACCCAGGCCGAGUCCAGUGUUCUACUCCGAAAUGCGACCCUCCAUGUAGACUCAACUAUGUCACAGCAGGUUGUCCCCAGUGCGACUGCAGUCGAAGAAACGGCUGAAACUGUAAAUAUUUAUUUAAAACUGUUGUACACAAACUGUACCUGACCUUUCUAUGAUUAUGGAUAUGGAUUCCAUGUUUUAAUUGUGUUGUCAGUGUGUUUUUAAAUAAAUGUGCUUUUCUUUUGUA